GCCGGCGGCAGCACGUUGUUUCGGUGGCGGUCCGCCGGUUGUUAAGACUGUGACCAGGUGGGAGCCAUUUUAUUUCCACCUCCACUCUUCCUGUGGAUGUAAGCUUGUGGAACUAGUGUCCUUUGCAUUGACUGCUUGAUGAUGAUGACUGUCUGGCACAUUCACCUGCUUGGCCUUUGCCCAGAGACGCGUCACAGUUGUGAAAUCGGUCAGAUGGCUACUAAUAUUCCUAGAGUCUGCAAACGCAAAGGACUGAGUGAGAAGAAGUUAGAAGCAAGCAAGUGCAAGAGAAUCAAGGUCCAAAAUGGAGGCACUGUGGAAAAUGGCAUCAAACAUACCCCAGGAGAGGAAAAGGAAGUUUCAAUUUUCACUCUCAAGUCCAACAGUAACCACAGUGCCAUUACUCAUGAGCAGCUUUGGGAGCUGAUAAAUUAUACAGUAUCAAGAGAAACGAAAAUCUCCCCACCCAGUUGGUGCCAGAUCCAUGGGCAAAAUCAAACUAAAGGAGUAACAGUCAUUGUUCUACAUGGUGCAAGUCAGAUGCACUUCUACAGAUACUAUCUCCAAUUUAAGCAGCUGAGGAAAAGGUUCAAAUGGAGAUUCAGCAUGCCCCCUCCUUCUCAGGAUUUUCUGCAUCAUAUCUUUGGAAUCGAGAACACACCAUCAUGUGAAUGCAGGGGAUUAAUAGGCAAUGGCAAUCCUGUUGUGAAUGGGCAUUUCCUUAUGGCAGAGGAUGAAGGUUGUGGAUCAUCUGAUCUUGAUAAUCAUCCCAUCAUUAUUAAAUAUGGCAGAGAAAAGCAAGGGUUGACGCGCUACCUGCUUAGUAAAGAGGACAUGAUUCAGAAUGGUUACCCUGUUGCAGGUUUUCCAGGAUCCGAAGGAUUUGUUCAGAGCAGAUGCACAACUGAAGUAACUGACAGCAGUCCAUUAUUUGGACUAGAUUGUGAAAUGUUAUUCCAGUGCCUGACCAGAAAGGGAAAAGAACUGACACGCAUCUCUGUUGUCGAUGCAGAGGGACACUGUUUGAUGGAUGAGCUAGUGAAACCAGACAACCAGAUCCUUAACUACCUCACCAGGUUCUCUGGCAUUACCUGGAAAAUGCUUUUAACUGUGAAAACAAAACUGAAGGAUGUUCAGGCCAUGCUGAGGAAGAUUUUACCCCCUGAUGCUGUCCUUGUGGGGCACUCCUUAAACAACGAUUUGACAGCUUUGCAAAUGGUCCAUCCAAAUGUAAUUGACACGUCACUCCUUUUUGUUGGAGAUUCGGGCCGAAGGUUUAAAUUGAAAGUUUUAGUAAAAAAUAUUCUUGGAAGGGAAAUUCAGUCAACGGAAAUGGGUGGCCAUGAUCCAUCAGAAGAUGCAGAAGGAGCUUUAGAGUUGGCUCAGUAUUUUAUUAACCAAGGACCUGUGAAGAUAGCAGAGCUGAGCCUGGAGAAUUUCCAAGCUAAGCAGCCAAUGGGAGAUGAUAUCACGCCACAGCCUGAAGCCCGAAGACAGUGGAAAAGGUCAUCAAACAAACUGAGCACAAGCUGCAGAAGGAUAGAUGAAUCUCAAGGCAGGGCAUGCUUAUACGGUGGCAAUUUACCAAAACAAUUGUGUAUAGCUGAUCGUAAGGUAGUGGUAUUAGGUACAAAGAAUGCUAUGAGGUCUAUGACAUACCAGGAAGUGUGGCAUCAAAUUGAAUGUGAAACAGACAAGGAGGUUAUUCGUCAUGGUGAGACCAAUAUCCCAGCUGCUGCCUUAAGUUUAAUUCAUUUUACAUCUUAUGCUGACUGUGAUCUGCAUAGGAAAGUCAAUGUAGGACGACUACAUGAUAAGAUGCAACAGAUGUUGUCAGAGAUGUGUACUGUGUAUGUUGGACCAUUCUGUAAGGAUUUCUGUUUAAAAUCUGUUAAAAGAACAUUCAGAAAUUGUGGUUCCAUCAGUUCUGUCACUGUUACUACGGAAACGUACGAGCCGUAUGUGCGGGUUCAAUACAAGGUGCCGGAAAGUGCAUUGAUUGCUGUAGAAAUGCUGAAUGGAAGCAUUGUGGCUGGAUUCCUCAUUAAGGUUCAAAGACCUAUGAGCGAAAAGUCCUUGGAUUGUGAAACAAUCCUAAAGAAACUAGAGAAAGACGUCACAAAUCAGGCUGUUGUUUAUGUGGCUGGAAUUCAGCAAAGUCUGUUGACUUUGGAAGACAUUGCAGAGAAAUUUAGCCAAUUUGGACACAUUGAAGCAGUAAUUUCUGUGGGUGAUAAACCUAGUGCAAAGAAUAAGGAUUGUUUUAUCAAAUAUGGAAGCCCUGAGAGUGCCUUGAACGCUCAAGCAGCCAUGAAUGGAACAGAACUGAAGAACAGUUACCUCUGUGUUCGAAGAGCACUCACACCAUAUCACCUUCAGACCUGGGCCACUCAGGAAUCCUACACUGCUGUCAGCCCCAGGAUAUCUGACACUCUGUCUCUAAGCAGUCAGUCCUCUGAGAGGAAAAAAGAGAAGCUUUCUCAAUGUGAGCAAGAGGUGAAAAAUGUGAUGCGGACUCUGGAUCGACGAGUUGGACGGCUCUUCAGAGGAAUACCCAGUGGCAUGCUUUGUAUUGUCCUGCUGCCUGGAAUAAAUAGUGAUCACUGCUCAGCGCCUGGACUCUGCCUUCUCGAAAUAAAGCAAGUUUCUUAAAACUGAAUGCUCAGUAUGGACUCACAACGCUACAGUUUUGAUACCAACCAUUAAUUGAACGGUUAAGAAGUGAAUAUAGUUCUUGGAUCACGUGUAUACAGUUGAAUUAUGUCAACAGCCGUGACUGAGCCAAGAAAUCUGCUUAGAAGUAUUUUUUUAAGCAAUUAAACUUUUACAAAGGAAAGUUUCAAGUGUGAAAAUAAUCCAAGUGCAUUUGGGUUAUGUUAUGGCACCAAGUUCUCUUGGUCAGAAUUCAGAAACUCCAAUCACCCCAUGGCCAGAUCUUGCCAGGUUUAGGUUAUGUUGUGCAGAAAAUAUUCCAUUUGCUGCCAAUUUUGACAGUAUUUGAGCAGGUCUCAAUGCAUCUCUCCUUUCCCACUGUGGAAUGAUUUGUAUUAUGCCUGUGGCUACAAGUUUGUAACAAUUCCACAGACAUUUGUAGUCUGUGUAGUAUUUUACACAUCCUGAAUCUCUUUCUAUUUUCACAGUCUGCAUUUAUAUUGGUUUUGUAUUUGAAAACACUGUCAUGUACUGUGCAUCUGUGUUUCAUUUUCUGACAUGAAUAUUUAUCUAUUAU